CGUAUCUGCCAUGUUUAGCUGCUUUGUUUUAGGUCCUUGUUGGUUUCCUGCAGAUUUUAGCCUUUAACUCUCGCAAUGGAGCCGAGCUGGAGUACAUUUCUGUUUCAACAGGCGAACGAGGCUCUUCAUCACCAGCACCCAGUGUCCGCUAAUAGCCUGCUCCCUUUGUUAAACUCUGGGACAGACCCUCCGGACCAGAAGCCCGUAUUACCUAUCCCUCUGGACCAGAAGCCUCCUGUCAGUGCCGCCGAGCUCCUCAAAGACAAUGUGGCGAGCGGGGCAGGCAUGAACUCUGUGGCUCCGGGGGGUCCUCCAGUGGUGGUCAAAAAGGAGCCCAAGUCCAAAACUCCCUUCGUUUGUGGAUACUGUGGCAAGGCGUUUCGAGAUAGCUAUCAUCUGAGGAGACAUGAAUCUUCCCACACGGGAAUCAAGAUGGUGUCCAGACCUAAGAAGACACAAAGUGCACCCACCAUGGUGCCACUAAUAUCCACCGUCCCCCGAGAAAACAACGCCAACCAGUCUUACAUCACCACAGUGGCAGGACAUAUUUUUUCCCCCUCAGGUAUCAUGACGACAGCCACCACCUCCACAGCCACAGGCACCAGUGUAAUGUCCCCAAUGCACCACCAGCACCAGCCGCAGCAGCACCAACCACAGCAACAGCAAAACAUCCCCAAGAAGCCCCCCAAGCCCGUGAAGAAGAACCAUGGCUGUGACAUGUGUGGAAAGGCCUUCAGAGACGUGUACCACCUGAAUCGACACAAGCUCUCUCACUCCGAUGAGAAGCCCUUCGAAUGCCCCAUCUGCCAGCAGCGCUUCAAGAGAAAAGACAGGAUGACCUACCACGUGCGAUCUCAUGACGGAGGGGUGCACAAGCCCUACAUCUGCUCUGUCUGCGGCAAGGGGUUCUCCAGACCAGAUCAUCUCAGCUGUCAUGUCAAACACGUCCACUCCUCAGAGCGGCCCUUCAAGUGCCAAGUAACGGCCUGCACCUCUGCCUUCGCUACCAAAGACCGUCUACGCUCGCACAUGAUCCGACACGAGGGGAAGGUCACCUGUAACGUGUGCGGGAAGAUGCUGAGCGCCGCUUACAUCACCAGUCACCUCAAGACCCACGGACAGGCCAACUUCAACAACAGCAACCAACAGUGUAACAACAAAGGCCAAAGUGACUGGCAGUGGAACCACUCAGGGCCACGAAAAGGUGAGUUGACGGUAGGAGAGGUUUUAAAUAACUCCUUCCAACUCCUUAUUGACAACUCUCAAAAAGAUGCCAAUAACGUCCACAACAACUCUGCCAGCACCACGCCCGUCACCAACUCGGCGGCCAUAACUUCUUCGACUGUGAACCGAAAUGCCAACAACCCGGUUACCAUAGCGGCGCAGAUGAACAUAACCACGAAUACGGUCAACAUUACGGCUCCAGUGAAUCUGCAGCACCCCUCCGCAGUCACAAUUACCGGGCCCGUUAACCUAGCAUCGGUCAAUAUCCCCACAACUGCCCAUAUGAACCUUGCGCACCCCGUUGCCAUAACAACCCCUAUGCCAAUGAAUAUUACCGGUCCGCUCAAUAUAGCAAUGAGGCCGAUGGAGAGCAUGCCAUUCUUGUCCCAAGUCUUGCCCUCCUCUCCUCCCUGGUAGAGAAGGCAUGGCUAGGGUUAGGGUUGGUACGAGCUAAAAUUGUCCUCUAAGUGGGUUUCAUAGCAAAACAAAUUUGAAAAUCUGCAACUGCUUGCCUGUAGAA